CACACCACCCGGAAGUUGAAAGGCUCACCUGAAGUAGAUAUACCCGACUACAUACCAACAUGUGUAUAUGUCAGUUCAGGGAAGUCUACAAAUAGUCUGUGCAAAAUCUUUCAUGGAGAUCAAAAUACGCCAUUUGUGGAUUAUUAUCCUGAUCUCAUGUGGUGCCAGAUAUGCUGAGAGUCAGACUACAGCCAUCGCCUACCCUGGAGAUAACAGUACAGUCAGCUUCCUCAUCCCACAAGGUGGUCUUGGGACAGGAUCUUCAUUCUACUUUGUUACACCAAGUGGUGUGAUAGCCUUUAUUCUUACAGCAUCGGACGUAUUCAUAGCCACAGAUCCAUAUAAAGAUAGAGUAAUUUUUGAAGGCAGCUAUUCCUCGAGGAACAUCACAUUUGUGCUGAAGAACAUUACAAGAUCGGAUGCAGGACAUUAUAAUUGUAGCACUGCGGGGUCUACCAGUCAUAUACCGAACUGUGGCUUGAAGCUUAUAGUCAUCGGUGAGCCAACCAAGCCAGUCAUAUCACUUCAAUCUACUCCCGUGGUUGGCAGGAACGUCACAAUGACGUGCUCAUCUACAUCUACAACACUGCCUGCAGAUCAUGGACUGACCUUCACCUACACCUGGAAGAUAGAUGGUGUCAACAUUAACUCGCCAGGUGGCGCUAGUCUAACAGUUCUGGUUGAGAGUCAUGACCCACAAGAUAUCACCUGCCACGUGACAGAGGAUGAGGGCCUGGGGGGAGAUAGCGACGUUCUGAUGAUAACUCCUGACUAUCCUCCGUACAAUGCCAGCAUCUCGUCAACAUCUGUACAAGUCAAGGAGGCUGACGUCGUACCCCAGGUCACGUGUGUCAGCACGUGUCGACCUGCAUGCUCAUAUUCCUGGAAACAAGGAUCUCAGACAGUCGUGACUGGACAGGUCCUCAGUCUUGGUGCAGCAAUUAGGACCAUGGCUGGCAGCUACGUGUGCACGGCAACUAACACAUAUGGCAUAACACAGAGUCCUGCUGUUUCACUUGAUGUCCAAUAUAAACCAUCUGCAGUUUUAAUGGCUAAUGGUCAGUCCAAUGCAGCUGGAGUUGACGAAAGAGGCUCUGUGGUUCUGUCAUGCGCAGUAGACAGUAAUCCUUUCUCCAGCAUCUCCAUCAUGAACGGCACUAUUCGACUGAACCAUGUGACAGAGGCAGCCACCGCCAGUUUCAACUGGACUGGAGCGGAUUGUCUUGACGGCGGCGUCUACACGUGUCUUGCAAGGAACAUAGUUGGUGAAAUGACAGCAUCAGUAACAGUAAAUAUAAAAUGUAGGUACCUUGAUGAGACUCUAAAGGUAUCUGGUUUAAUAACCAAGAUAUUCACACAUCUAUUGAUAUAUUCUACAGCCACGUAUGCCACCUGGAAGUAGUAUGUCCAAUAUUGAGCGUAAAU